CAAACAUGUAGGUAUAUUCCUUAGGGGAUUGUAGUUCAAUGCUUAGAUCACGGGGUUUUCUUGUUUAUGUUAGCAAAGGAGAUAGAUCCCUUCAGUAGUUUGAUUGCUUGGAAUGGAAGUGGAACAGCCAGCAGAGAUCGUGCCAAGCAAGAGCACCAAAACCUCGACAGCAGCCCCUCGGAAAGGCAGAGAGCCCUUAGAGAAGUCCACCAGUGACAUGGAAGUGGAAAACGAAGGUGACAGACAGCUUGGCGAAGUACCUCCAGAAGCAGUCUCAGAUGAGGUGCUUGAUAAUCGAAGUUUAGAAGAGAUUUUGAGUAGCAUCCCUCCUCCCCCGCCUCCAGCAAUGACCAACGAAGCUGGUGCUCCUCGUCUCAUGAUAACCCAUAUUGUAAACCAGAACUUCAAAUCCUAUGCAGGGGAGCAAAUUUUGGGACCUUUUCAUAAGCGUUUUUCAUGUAUUAUUGGGCCAAAUGGCAGUGGAAAGUCCAAUGUCAUUGAUUCAAUGCUUUUUGUGUUUGGGUAUCGAGCACAAAAAAUCAGAUCCAAAAAACUCUCUGUGCUGAUCCAUAAUUCUGACGAACAUACAGACAUCCAGAGUUGUUCUGUGGAAGUCCACUUCCAAAAGAUCAUUGACAAGGAAGGAGAUGAUUACGAAGUCAUUCCUAACAGCAAUUUUUGUGUGUCUAGAACUGCCUAUAGAGAUAAUUCUUCCGUUUACCACAUCAAUGGAAAGAAAAAGACAUUCAAAGAUGUUGGUAUUCUUCUUCGACACCAUGGAAUUGAUCUGGACCAUAACAGGUUCUUAAUUUUACAGGGGGAAGUUGAGCAGAUCGCAAUGAUGAAACCAAAAGGCCAGACCGAACAUGACGAAGGCAUGCUUGAAUACUUAGAAGACUUAAUAGGAUCUGCACGACUAAAAGAUCCUAUCCAAACUCUGUGUCACAGAGUAGAGAUCUUAAACGAACAGAGAGCAGAAAAGUUAAUUAGAGUUAAAAUGGUGGAAAAAGAAAAGGAUGCCUUGGAAGUGGACAAGAAUAAAGCCAUUGAAUAUCUUUGUUUGGAAAACAAACUGUUUAAAGAAAAGAAUCAUAUCUGCCAAUACUAUAUCCAUGACCUAAAGAAACGAAUAAAUGAUAUGGAAAUGCAGAAAGAAAAAAUUAAUGAAGAAACGAAAGGCGUUAAUGAGAAGAGCAGUAAACUUGCAGAUGAAAUGAAAACCAAGAAUAAAGCUGUGAAAGAAGUUGAAAAGAAACUCAGUAAAGUUACAAAGUUCAUAGAGGAAAAUAAAGAAAAAUUUACUCAGUUGGAUUUGCGGGAUGUUAAAGUAAGGGAAAGUCUCAAACAUGCCAAAAGCAAGGCUAAAAAACUGGAGAAGCAACUUCAAAAGGACAAAGAGAAGGUGGAAGAAUUGAAAACUGUACCUUCCAAUAGCAAAAAAGCGAUCAGCGAAGCAACGUCUAAGAAAGAGCUUCUUGAAGAGACAAAAGAGAAAGAAGAAGAAAAGCUCAAGCAGGUUAUGAGUAGCCUUAAGGAGGAAACACGAGGACUUCAGAAAGAGAAAGAGAGCAAAGAGAACGAGCUCAUGGAGUUCAGUAAAGACGUGAAUGAAGCCCGCUCGAAGAUGGAGGUGGCCCAGUCAGAGCUGGAGAUCUAUCUCAGCCGACAUAACGCUGCUGUGGCUCGGCUCAAUCAGGCAAAGGAGGCUCUGAUGAAUACUUCAAAAACUCUGCAGGAAAGGAAAGCUGCUAUCAAAGAUAUAGGUGUAAAAUUACCCCAAGCUGAACAGGAAUUGAAGGAGAAAGAGAAGCAGUUUGAGAAGCUGGGAAGAGAAGAAUCAGGUGCUAAGAAUCUCCUUCGAAAUCUGCGUCAAAAAGUAGAAGAAGCCAAAAGUUCUUUAGCACUAAGUCGCAGUCGGGGAAAAGUGCUGGAGGCUCUGCUUCAGCAGAAGAGGUCUGGAAAGAUUGGUGGAAUAUAUGGAAGACUGGGAGACUUGGGAGCCAUCAGUGACAAGUAUGAUGUUGCUAUUUCAACGUGUUGUGGCAGCUUAGACCACAUUGUGGUGGAUACAAUUGAUACUGCACAGGAAUGUGUGAAUUUCCUAAAGGCGACAGGAGUUGGAGUUGCCACGUUUAUAGCCCUGGACAAAAUGGCUGUAUGGGAAAAACAAAUGAAAAAAAUCCCAACUCCUGAAAAUGCUCCUCGGCUGUUCGAUCUGGUGAAAGUGGACGACGGGAAGGUCCGCCUGGCGUUCUACUUCGCGCUGCGUGACACUCUGGUGGCCAACAACCUGGAAGAAGCCACCAGAAUAGCAUUCCAAAAAGAUAAAAGGUGGAGGGUGGUAACGCUGAAAGGAGAAAUCAUUGAACAGUCAGGAACUAUGAGUGGUGGUGGGGGUAGAAUAAUGAAGGGCAGAAUGGGCUCCUCAGUCGUAACGGAUGUUUCAGAAGAAGAGGUCAAUAAACUGGAAUCUCAGCUGCAGAAGGAUUCUCGAAGAGCAGUACAGUAUGAAGAAGAGAAGUUACAACUCGAGGAAGCCAUAAGAAAACUGGACCAAGAUGUGCGGGAAAUGAGAAAUACUUUGGAAAAGUACACAGCCAGUAUCCAGAAUUUAGCUGAACAAGAAAUUCAUCUACAGACCCAAGUGAAGGAAUUUGAAGCUAAUGUAAUUGCUGCUGCUCCAGACAAAAACAAACAGAAGGAAUUGGAAAAAAUCAUCAAUACUUACAAAAAAGAUUAUGACUGCGCCGCUGAGAAAGCCGGUAAAAUCGAAAGCGAAGUGAAACGGUUACACAACCUCAUCGUCGAGAUCAAUAACCGUAAACUGAAAGCCCAACAAGACAAACUCGACAAGAUCAACAAGGAGAUAGACGAGUGCUCUUCAGCCAUCACCAAAGCCCACGUGGCAGCCAAGAGCGCGGACAGAAACCUGAAAAAAAAUGAAGAGUCUGUUCUUCGCACGGAGAAGGAAAUUGAAGAGAAUAAGAAAGAAAUUAAAGACUUAAUGGAAGAGCUGACUACGCUGGAAGACGAAGCUACGAAGGUGGUAAACGAAUGCAAGCAAGCUGAGGAGACGUUGCCAGCCCUUCAGGAGGAGCGCUCCGGUUUGCUCCAGGAGAUUGCAGCUAUUAAAGAUGAUGAACACGCACUUCAAAAGGAAGCUCUUAAUAUUAAGCUGAAAAUUGAGCAAAUUAAUAGUCACAUUUCUGCACACCAGGCAAAGAUCAAAUACUGGCAAAAAGAGAUAUCAAGAUUAUCACUGCACCCCAUAGAGGAUCAACCCCCUGAAAAGCUGCCGGUAUUCAGCGAAGAGGAGCUUGAGGCUAUCAAGGAUCCCGAUGCUCUCACGAAUCAAAUCGCUCUGCUGGAAGCCCAGUGCCACGAGAGGAAGCCCAACCUCAGCGCUAUUGCAGACUAUAAGCAGAAGGAAGAGCUGUACUUGAAACGUGUGGCUGAACUGGAUGACAUUACCAACGAGAGAGACAACUUCCGGCAAGCUUCUGAAGAUCUGAGGAAACAAAGGCUAAACGAGUUUAUGGCAGGAUUUAACGUCAUAACAAAUAAACUGAAGGAAAACUACCAGAUGCUUACUUUGGGAGGGGAUGCUGAAUUAGAACUUGUGGACAGUCUGGAUCCUUUCUCCGAGGGAAUCAUGUUUAGCGUCCGGCCUCCGAAGAAAAGCUGGAAGAAGAUCUUUAACUUGUCAGGAGGAGAGAAGACGCUCAGUUCGCUGGCUCUAGUGUUUGCUCUUCAUCAUUACAAGCCAACGCCGCUCUACUUCAUGGAUGAGAUUGACGCAGCACUUGACUUCAAAAACGUAUCUAUCGUGGCGUUCUACAUCUACGAGCAAACGAAGAACGCCCAGUUUAUCAUCAUCUCCCUGCGAAACAACAUGUUUGAGAUCGCAGACAGACUGAUUGGGAUUUAUAAGACUCACAACACCACGAAAAGCGUGGCCACAAACCCCAAAGUUAUCGCAGCCAAAGCCCCGCCUGAACUCAACGCUUGGACCAGUGAGAACGCCCGUAGCUGGAUGAAGCGAUGGGUACGUGUGCGACCCAACCUGCCGUCGGGAAGAGCAGAGGGGAACACGGCGGCAAGGCAGCGCGGUAACUUCGGGGCUGCCACCGAGACGGGGCCUCAGCUUUCUGCAGCAGUGGCAGAGGAGCUGCGGGGCAGGAUGAUCCCUGGGGAAGGCGACCAGGGGAGCGAGGCGUUGUUUUCACCUGCAAGAGACACUCCUGAGCCAGCAACGGUCUGGUCAGGCCGUCAGAGGCCACCGUGGUAUAUCUGCACCCUGUGCUGUCCGCAGCGGGCUGCUCAGACACCUGGAAACUGA